GGAAGUGGCGUUUGGAAUAACCCCCGUGUGCGUAUGAGUGUGUGUGUGUGCGCGUGUGUAUGUGUCUCCUGAUUUCACCCUCACGCAACGCGCACACAUACACACACUCACAACACAGUCAGACGCACACAUUUUUACUGUCUGCCCUGGCUGCAGGAGUGGAGCUCCGGCAGCAAAGAAAUCCGCUCGGAGAAGGAUUCCUUCCAUUUUUACGCGCAACUUUUCCUCCGUCGGCGUCGUUUCCACCGCUCCGCCUCGACUGUUGUGGAUUUUCUAACAAACCGUCUCCUGGCUGUUUCUAGCGGGCGACCAGCGAGGUGUCAAGCCCGCCCGGAAUCGGAUCUCCUGUCACCGCCGCUUGUUGUCAUUUUCGCACGGAGACGGAGACGCGCAGCCGGAGCGCAGACAGAAGGGGUUGUGGCCAGUUUCUGGACUCGACCAGAGGACGAGCAGCUGCAUCAGGAUGGCCCCAUGAGGACACUCUCUGUCGGGACUCCAGCUGAAACCAAACUGAGCAUGUGCGGACCGACAGGUCUUUUGCUGAGAGAACUGGAUGACUUUUGAAGCCACAGAGAGAGGAUCUACAAGCACUUUCCCUGAAAGAAAAAUCACUCAAGGAUUCUUCUGCCUUUAAAUGAACUGGACAGAAAAACAAUGCACAGCAACAUUCACGUGUUUACAAAAUGGCAAAAGGAGAGAAACAUUUCUGAUGUUAUCCACUAAAGCUCCCUUUUUAUUUCCACUUCCUGAUUCCUGUCUCCAGUCUGACUUUAUGAUCAGUCUAUUUCAGCAAUGGAUGGGUACUUCCUGUUUCUGUGAACUUGUUGGCAGCCCUCAAAGGUUCAGCUACCAUGACUGGUAGUUUUGGGACCUUGUAAUCCUCUAGAACCUACCCUCCCAACUCCCCUACCACCCCCUCUUUCCUCCCUCUUCCAACCCACAGAAGAGCUCCAGGAAAAUGGAGGCUCGUGAAUCAGCUGCCGCAGGGCAGAAAUGCUCUAACAAAGAACCAGUAAAGGAGAAGACGCCUCUGCAAAGAAAGUGGGCGUCCGAGCCCUCUGCAACCUCCAAACGGUGCAAUUUUGCUGACCCAGACGCAAAACACAGAGAGAGUUUGCCAUGUGGUGCCACUGGGGGAUCAGCACCCCAGCAGAAGUACGCAUAUACAGGGAAUUCUGGAAAGCUGCUAUCUGGACCCUCUGCAGUUGGGGCCUUAGGAGGCCCGCCAUCUCAAGACCCCCAAGGGCCCUUUACACAGGGGUUCCCAAGGGGAUACUCCUACCAGCUGGGCCAGCCAUAUCCUCAGCACCCACAAACUGAGCGCUUCCUCUCAGGAGCCAAACCUCAGCCAGGUCUAGAGCCUCAUGCUUGGCCAUUUGCUGGCCAGUUGCCCUCAGAUGAUCUGUACCCUGUAGGACACCCGGGACACACUCACCCACAUGGGGCUGGGGCUGGUAGGUUUCCUCGCCAGAAAUCUCCCAGUUUACCCAGCUCUUUUGGACAAUAUUCUCAGUCAGGCCCUGAGCCUGGAGAGGAGGGCUACAGCAAAAAAGAGCAGAAGCCGAAAAAGCCUGGUAAGUACAUCUGUCACUACUGCGGUCGAGCUUGCGCCAAGCCCAGUGUCCUGAAGAAGCACAUCCGCUCACAUACUGGAGAGAGGCCAUAUCCUUGUGUACCCUGUGGCUUUUCUUUCAAAACCAAGAGCAACCUUUACAAGCAUCGCAAGUCCCACGCUCAUGCCAUCAAGGCUGGACUCGUACCAUUUUCAGAGCUAGCCGUGGCCCGUGGUGGAGACAUGGACCAGGCAUCCCCAGUGGGCGAGGCUGAGGUCCAUUCGGAUGGAGAGCAGAGUACUGACACAGAUGAGGAAGGUGUGGAGGGCUCCACCAUGCUGACGGACAAAGACAGCCCCAUCCCACAGAUCUCCUUUGAAGCUGACAAGAAUACAGGUGGUGUGGAACCAGCAUAUGCAGACUCAGCCGAAGAGCUGCCCGUGGGGUCUAUGAAAGUGCCUAUCCUUAUUGUCCCCAAGCCUGGAGGAGUCCCCUCCACAGGGAUGGAGUGCCCACCCUUUCAGGACAUAAAAGGGUCACAUCACAUGUUGGCAUCACAGGCUGGUGGAAGAGCACAUUCACUGGAUGACUCCCCCACCAUCAAACAACGUUUGGCCCUGAGGCUGAAUGAGAAAAAAGGGCAGGACUCUGAUUCUGCCAUGUCCCAGUCCCUGAACCUCCUUAGUCCUCACAGCAAAGGCAGCACAGACUCUGGUUACUUUUCCCGCUCAGAGAGUGCAGAGCAGCAGAUCAGCCCUCCAAAUACUAACGUCAAGACGUACGAAGAGAUUAUGUUUGGUCGGACUUGGUACUACCGACCCAACUCCAGAUCCAGACAGUCCAUCACAGUGGGCAUGGCAGGGGCAGACCCCAGCAGCUUGGCUAGCUUAAAGCAGCCAGGUGCUAUUGUUGACAUGGGAAAGAUAGCUGAGGAUCAUAUUUGUUUCAGAGGGGAUGUAGGAGUCUCUGGAGAUGCCAAGCAAUAUCCAACAGGACCCUGUCAAAGCAGCACAGGGCUUCUGGAGCCUCCUUCAGAUUCUGGGACCCUAAUUAGGAGUAACUCCAUGCCAACUUCCUCCCCUCCUAACCUCAGUGUCCCACCCGGGAUUCGAGGCAGUCACUCCUUUGAUGAGAUGAUGACUUCAGAUGAUGUGUUUUACCCACCUCGCAGACUCAGAAGACAGGCUGCAUUUGAACAAUCAGCUAAUGAAGCCCAUGUAGGAGAGGCUGAGGGCUACGGACACAUGCCCAAAAAUGUAGCUUCAUCUUUGGGUAUGAAAAUUGGUGAGCGCAGUCCAGGAGUUCCAGAGCACAUUGCCUGCAGCCCAUAUGGUACUAAAGUUAGCAUGUCAGAAAUAGCCACAAGAAAAAGGAGGAAAGAGAAGAGUGUUGGGGAUGAAGAGGACAGUCCUGGACAUUGGGACAGUAGCUGUAGUGGUUCUGUAGAGAUGAUAGGGGACUAUGAGUAUAAACAAGGUAGUUUUGAUGGAUCGAGAGGCACACCAACAGGGAAGGGCUCUCUUCACAGUGCUCACAGCCAGUCGGACAGCUUUGAUACCUGUGCCAGCAUGUGCUCUGAGGACAUUGCACUGUUUCCUGACUCUGAGGGCAGGAAGGCAGCUGGGAAUGUCAUAUCAGUCAUCCAGCACACCAACUCCCUCAGCCGGCCAAAUUCCUUCGAGAAGUCUGAGUCUUUUGAGCUGCCAGGGUAUCAGCCCUCAGAUAAAGCUCCAUCUAGCCAGUACUCUGAACAGUCAGACACAGAGAUCUUUGAAGAUGCUCUGAGUCCUGAAUCUGUCCUACUGAGGACAGAGAGCAUGGAGCAGCAGCUGCAAAGUGACAGUGAUCUGGCCUCACUUUCAUCGUCAUCAGCUGCAGCCUCACCUGGCCAGUCUUAUCACAUCCCUCAUAAGCUAGUCCGACAACCCAACAUUCAAGUUCCUGAGAUCCGGGUGACAGAGGAGCCAGACAAACCUGAGAAAGAUACAGAAGCUCCAAUGACCAAGGAACCGGAUAAGCAGCAGCAGCACGUGGAGGAGUUCCAGCUGCCACAGAGGAGCGACACACUCUCCCAGAUGCCAUCAGAAAAGCUCCCACCCAAGAAGAAAAGGUUGCGCCUGACAGACAUGGAGCACUCAUCCGGGGAAUCGAGCUUUGAGUCGACCUGCACCAGCCUGUCUCGCAGCCCCAGCCAGGAGAGCAACCUGUCCCACUCAUCAUCCUUCUCCAUGUCUUUUGACAGAGAUGAAGUCCUCAAGUCUGUCUCACCUACCAAACAGGAUGACUCGUUGGCAUCUUGUGGUGGACCUAAGCAGUCGGAGUUCCUGACAGUGCCUGGCAGCGGUCACUCCAGCCACCACCAGCAGAGGGAGAUGAGGAGGUCUUCAUCGGAACAGGCACCAUGCACUCUGCCCACAGAGUUGCCUGAAAUGCGAAGCAAAUCCUUUGACUAUGGAAGCUUGUCCUCCUCCAGACAGGGAGAGAUAUACUCCAGUGCGUCUGCAAUGAAGGAACGCCGGCGUGGAUAUCUUGUCCGACAGGCCUCACUGAGUGUUUAUCCAGAGGCAGUCACCCAGGAACCAGGAGCUGCUGAGAUAUCAGUCAAACAAGAGAGUUUGGAGCAUGUGGCAUGGCCUGGGCCAUCAGGAUCUCCCCACAGCAGCGAUCUAGCCUGUAGAAACAAGCGGGUUGGCAGUAGCAUUGGCGGAUCUCACCAACACCAACAGCACAACCAACAUAUCCUCCAGCAGAGCAUCAGUGAGGACAGUCUACAGGACGAACCUCUGUAUAGAUCCCAGCCACAUCGCCUGCAGGCCCAGGGCUCAUCAUCCGAAGGAGAGCAUCCAGGUCAUGAGGUCAUAAACAAAGAAGUAAUCCAGCAAUACCAGAGCGGCCCUCCUUUUCUUACCUUCCAGCAACCAGGUGUGUUCUGGGGUCAGGAAGCAGGUCAGACCCCCAGACAGCAGCUCACCCUUCAGGCCCAGCAGCAGCUCCAGAAACUCCACAUCAGAUCACCUGGACAUCCACUCCAUAAACAACAGCCGCUCCAUUCCUUGCAACAAAUCCAUGAUCAACAGCCACAUGAUGGCAAAUCAGACAGCUCUCAGAUGUACCCUGGCUCUUUCCCAUCUCGCACCUCUCCCUUGUCCCAGCAAAACUUUGCCUCUCUUUCCUCCAAGCACUCCUUGCCCAGCUCCUCCAACACCCCCAUGCCUCUGCAGCAGAUCCAACCAGUCUUUGCCACCCAGAACCUGGGCUCCCAGGCCACCCUGCCUGGAAUGCUGGUUCCUGUACGGAUCCAAACACAUGUGCCAUCAUAUGGUAGUGUUAUGUACACCAGUGUUAGCCAGCUAAUAGCUACCCAUGGCAGUGGGGUACAAGGAGUAGGUUCAGCCAGGCCAGGCAUUGCUGACAGCAGCAACAUGUCUCCCCCGGUUGGUGUUGCAAGUGUCAGUAAACCACCUGGAGGAAUUGGAGGAGGUAUAAGUGGGACAGGUUUCAACCUAGCACACUUCCUGGGACAGACCUGCCCGCUCUGGAAGGUUCCAGAUUCAUUGCCAGAGCAACGCCUGAACACAGGGAUCCCAUUGUCACUCACAUCAGGCACCAUAUCCACCACAGAUGCCUCAGGAUCAGGCAUUGGAGGCAGCAAGCGCAUGCUUUCCCCUGCCAGCUCUCUGGAGCUCUUCAUCGAGACUAAGCAACAGAAAAGAGUGAAGGAGGAGAGUAUGUAUGGACAGAUUGUGAAGGAAAUGAGUGCUGUGGAGCUGAGUGGAACUGAAAACAGUAACAAGCAUGAGAAAGGGCAGGGCAGAGGUCAGCGAGCCCGUCUGAAGAGUGAAGGCUCCAUAGAUGAUUCUGAAAGGAUGUCCUCUUCUCCUCCACUCAGUGACUUCCCUGUUCCCAGCAAGAUCGCCAUUCCCGUCCGUUCCUCUGCCCCACACCUCCCUGAUGUACCCCGGGUUGAAAGCUUUACCCCCCCUCUCCAGAUUGUCACAGACCGUUCCCCGGUUUCAGGAGGCCGGGACUCCCCAGAAGAGCUUGACGUGGAUGAGUUGGUCCCAGAGCCCAGCUCUAGCCCCCAGUCCAUGGUGUCCUCCAAUGAUGUGGAAGACAUUGACACAACAAAGCAGUCCGCAACCAGUAAAAUCCCUGUUAGCAUGCUGGUUCAGCUAGCUGCAAACCAAAGCCCAGGAUUAUCCGGAGCCGUGGGCCAGACUCUGCUAGUCACGGAUGUGGCUGACGUCCAGCAGUUUUUCCAGUUCCCAAGCCUGCGCACGAUGAGCAGAGUCAGUUGGUGUUUCCUAAACUACACCAAACCCAACAGCACUCCUGCCAACCUGCGUAGCUCCGUCUACAGUUCAUGGUGUGUAAGCUCAUACAACCCCAAUCCUCUGAACCUGAGCACCAAGGCUUCACUGGCCCUGUUGAGGUCCAAACAGCGGAGAAACACUGAUCUGAUGUUCACAACUGCAGCCAUGUCGCCACCCAGCUCUGGAAAACUGGUUUCGUCUGUGGCCUGGAAACUGAGGUUUGAUCAGUUGAAGCCAGAGCUGAUGCCUAUUGAUGUCAGCCAUUUUGGGAGAAAGAUGAAGGGAGUAGUGUCAUGGGACCGUUCGAAGGAGGAGCAGGUGGAGAAGGAGGUCUCAGUCAAACAGCCUGCUGCAGAACCGACCCGCAUCAAGAUCUUUGAAGGCGGGUACAAAUCCAACGAGGAUUACGUUUACGUUCGAGGUCGCGGUCGGGGGAAAUACAUCUGUGAGGAGUGCGGCAUCCGCUGCAAGAAGCCCAGCAUGCUGAAGAAACACAUCCGGACACACACCGACGUCCGGCCGUACGUCUGCAAGUUCUGCAACUUCGCCUUCAAGACGAAAGGAAACCUGACGAAGCACAUGAAGUCUAAGGCUCAUAUGAAAAAGUGUCUGGAGUUGGGAGUCUCCAUGUCUUCUGUUGAGGACAACGAGGCUGACGAAGGAGAUAUUGGAGAGGAAGGCCAGAGGUCUGAGAAGAUGUCCAGGGGUGCGAUGGCGGAGCACCAGUUCUCAGAUGCAGACGACUCAGAGGGUGGAGAAGAAGACGGUGAUGAGGUUGAUGAUGAAGACGACGAAGAGGAUGACUAUGACGGUGACUCCACCCCGAAGACUCGCUCUCGCUCCACCAGCCCGCAGCCUUACGGCCUGCCGUCCAUGUCCAUCACGGCUGUGGCCUCCUCCCACCCUGCUCCUCACCUCUCCCAUCACUCGGCGUCUGACCUCCUGGGAAGCACCAACAAGCCUCCGCUGUUCGGCUACUUCACCACCGUGCCGAGUAUCCAGAUCACCCCACAGGCUCCGCCCAGUGACCCAGCCGGGCGGGAGCGCAGUCAGGCGGAGUACCAGCGUGGCCUGCAGAGGGCGCUGGGCAGCCGGCUGCUGGCUCCACCCUGCUCCUCCUCCUCCAUGGACGAAGACCUCCCCGUCCCCUCUCCAGACCUCUCCUCCCCCUCCUCCCGCCUGUCCUCGCCUGGGCUGGAACACUCCGGCUGCCCGUCCCCCAUCUCCCCUUCGUCCUCACCCUCAGCUCACCGGUACCUUUCCCCGCGUCACGACCUCUCACCUCACCCCGGACACCUGUCACCCCGGCGGGACAUCUCUCCUCUGCGUCACAUCUCCCCAAAGAGGGACCUGGGUGUGGCGGGGGGAUACAGACGGGACCUCUCCCCCAGGAGGGGACACCUCUCGCUGCUCUCCCCUCUGUCUAGGCCCACGUCUCCCGCAGGAAGAGACUACAAGCGCGACCUUUCACCACGGGGCCGCCACCGGGGGAUGAUGCGGCCUGUCUCUCCUCGCCGAGGGCUCCACCAACACCUCCACCACCAAAGCCAGCAGAGUGGAUCCCGGGGCCUCAGGCCGGGUCACCAGGUGGGGGUGUUGGGUCAGGCAGACCUGGAUCCUCUGGGACGUCACAGAGACAGUGCAGAGAUGGAGACGGAACAUCGUCUGGGCUCGCCGUCGUCAGGGGAACGGGACCAGGGCGGUAGUCGCGGUAACCAGUCCAGCCCACCUCACCAGGUCCUGUUCAGUCACCUCCCUCUUCAUUCUCAACUCCAGGUGCGUUCUCCGUUCCCAAUGAUCCCCAUCGGAGGGAUCCAGAUGGUACACUCCGUCCCCACAUCUGUCACCACCCCUCUGGCCCAGCAGGGGGCGCAGCAGGUCACAUCCCGCCUGGUGCUGCAGAAGAGCACAUCGGAGGACUCCACCACCAGCGAGGUCGCCUCCCAUCAUUUCACCUCCUUCACCGAGAGGGGAGCUCAAGGAGGCGGCGAGAAGCUGAGGGAGUCACCUCACCCGCCAUCGCAGGAGAGGGAAGGAAGAGGAGGAGGAGUGAGGCCGGAGCAGGAGGAGAGCAUUCACACCUGCACCAAGGCCAUCGCCUCGCUCUGCAUCGACUCAGAGGAGCUCGCCGAGAGAGGUGGGGGAGGAGGAGGAGGAGGGAGAGGGGAUAAAGGGAAAGAAGGAGGCAGAGCCUCCUCCUCCUCCUCUCCUUCUGCGUUGUCGACUGACUCCCAACAACAGCAUCGCUCGCCAUCCAUCUCAAUGUCGCCGCCUUCUCCGCAGCCUUCGCCAUCUCCUCCACAAGGUCCCGGGAUUCAGCACUUUAGCGGCCUGGAGCUCAGGCCCCCCUACCCAUCGAUCCCCGCCUCCCCUCACUCCUCCUCGCCCUCUCCCUCCUCCUCCUCCUCCUCUCCUCACCCUCCCAGCCCCGGAUCUGACACCCUCCAGCCUUCGACAGUGUCCAAACCUCUCAAGCUGGAGAGGGACAGGGAGGCAGAAAGCACAAAAAGAAGCAAAGACGCAUCGUAGGGCUACAGCAGGAGAACGAGGAGGAGAAACGAUGGACUUCUUUUUUUGUUUUUCGUUUUUGGAUAAUAGGAAGGGAUGAAGUGCAACAGAGAGAGAAAAACGACUUUUGCACACUUUACACACAUAUUCUUCUACGUCAGUUUAUACACACAAAUACACACUCUCUCUCUCUCUUCACACACACACACACACACACACACACAAAUACAAUGCAUACAAAGAAAGUCAAAAAAUGACUAAAAACUCAAAUGGACCUCUGCAGUUUUAAUGUUUGUGUACAGCAUGCCUGUUUGGAACAGGGGCCUGCUCUCUUCUUAUUUAAAAGACUUUCAAGAGGAUCUGCAUACGGUUACACAUGUACUCCCACCGACACAUGAGCCCGACCAAAAUCUGAUUUUAGAAAAAUAAAAAAGGACUCUGGUUAAACGGUACGUUAAAGAAAAAAAAAAAAAAAAAGGAAAAAAAAAAAAUCAGACAGCUAUGUGUGUGCCUUUUCUUUACUCUCUAUUUGUUUGUUCUCUUGCUUAUAUUCUUAUAAGCAAACGAAGCAGGAAGGUAAAUGUAAAUACAAUACUAUCACGUUUUUGCGUAUCAGCUUUGUAAUAAAUGCAAUCUCCCUUUUCUCCUUCUCCUCCUCCCCCCCUCCUCUUCCUUUCCCGACCUCCUGUGUUUCUUUUUUUUUUUUUUUUUCUUUUUUGGACACCUUAAAGUCUCGACAAGCGAUGUGAAGUUAUGGAUAUUACUAUUACGUACGGUUGCACUAAAACAUAUUUUUAUAUGAGUGAAAUUUUAAAAAAUGGCUUUUUUGUGUACAGCAGCAAUUCUAUAAUACUAUUUAUUAUUGUUACCAUGUUUCAUAAAUUGUACAUUUUUUCUUAAAUGUCGUGGAUGCCUUUUUCUAUGUAAAGCAUGGGUUUUUUGCUAUCGCUUACAUUAGGGCGAGGAUAUGUACACUGUAAUAUGGCUUUAUAUGUUAGACCUAUUUAUAUACGUCUAAGUGAGCCCCCUCGACUUGGAGGUAUAUACACAUAGAAGUAAGAUUUACCAGAAUAUUUACCCAGCAUAUGAAUACAUACAGUAUAUAGAAUCUAUCAACCUGUCUAUCUAUCUAUCUAUCUAUCUAUCUAUCUAUCUAUCUAUCUAUCUAUCUAUCUAUCUGCACUUAACAUUUAGAAUGACAUUCACAUUAAUGGUAGUUUGCUUGUACAUUUUCUCCGCUGCUCUUUGCCUGUCUCCCUGGUAGUGAUUUCUCUUGGUUUUUUUUACUUCCUUUUUUUUGUGGUAUUAUUAUUUCUCGUUUUGAUUUCUACGAGGCACGGAUCUGCUCUCAGCAUUAAGUGAAUGAACAUGCCUUCUUGCACCGUGGCAUUCUGCUCAAUUGUCGGUUUUCAUCCCCCGCCCCCCGAACACGACGAGUAUCGACGUUACGUUUGUCAAAAGUAGCUCCGCGUUCGAAAAAAACAAACUUUUUUUUUUGGCUUGAAUCAGAUAUCAGUACGGGGGGGAAACAUUCCAGUCCAUGUAAAUAUUCAGUCAGCUCCCCUCAACACACACGCACACACGUUUCUUUGGCAUUGAUGCACGUUGUUGCCAUGGCAAUCAACCCAACGAAAACUCUUUAUUUAACGGCGCUAUUUCUGGGGACACAUACACCAAACUCUCUGACAAAUGCACCUUAUACUUCUUCGGAUCCUGGCACUCUGGUCAGUUUUGUCGCAGCAAACUUUGAUUGAAAUGAAAGUGUUUGGGGGGGGGGACUGCUCCGCGCUCUGAGCCCCAAAAUUGUCUGAAAAUAAAAUGAUCCAUGUAAUGGUUGUGACAUUGAGGCUUUCUGCACUGCUUUUUUUUUUUUUUAACCCUUCUGUGAUCCCCCCCCCCCUCCUCUCCUGGAUGUCCCUCGUGUAGCUAAGCAAUAUUUAGCCAAAACUCUGCUCACCAGCAGGGAGUGAAUUUGUUGCAAGGCAACAACAAGUAAAAAUCCUAAAACCAGGAGAAGAAGGGAGCAGUGGUGGUGAUGUCAGUGACACAACUCUUUUCUCUUUUGACAGUUUUGGGCGGAGUCGGGCAGGCUGCAAUGUGAGUGUGUAUCUCUGUAUUCUGUAGCGGUGUGUAUUCGACCAGUAUAUCCUCUUCUUACGACUCUUUUCUAUUUCGAUCCUCCCUCUGUUAUGUACACUUAUCAUGACGACAAUGAUGUCUUUAAAAAAAAAAAUUCUCUUUCUCUCUUUCAAAAAUAUCAAAGCACAAGUCAUUGUUUAGAAAUGACAACAAUACAAAAAUAAUUUCAAAAAAAGGACAAAAAAAAGGUAAACGUGCAUAUAAAAGGGUAACUUUUGUGAUGGUGUUCUGUGGAAUUAAUACAAAUAUCAUGUAUGAACCCAGUUGCAACAAGGAAUCGCAGUAGAAGUGGAAAAAAUGGAUUGUUGUUUUCAAAUAAAUAUGAAUAGAAUAAU